CUUCCUCCGAAAUGAAUUUGACCGCAAACUGUCUGUAAUGUUUUCACCAAGUUUUCGCUGUUUUGGUUUUGAAAAAGUUGUGUUUUUGAUCAUACAGUGGCGUAAACUUCGGUUAAAGUUGAUAGGUUGAGAAACAAGUUGUCAAGUUUCAGUAUUUUAGUUUCGAUUUGUUUUUCAAAGUUGUUUCGAACAGUGUAGGCUACUUAAUUUUUAAAUUUGUUAGGUGGUUUUACUGUGCUUGUGUCAUACGUUGGAUAUUUGAAAUGGAUAACAUAUCUUCGUUUGUGAUAUAACCUUGAUAAUAUACCAGUAAUGUCCGGAGAUUACCCUACGUCAGAUGUCAUAGGCACUUACACGUACAAUGGCACCGAUAACGAACCGGAAGAAGCGGCCGGUACACAUAUCGAUGACCCAAAUGGCAGCCUCUACAUGCUAUGUGGCGUUCUCAUCGCCAUGCUACUGGUCGGCGUCAUCAUUGUCCUCCUCGCUGUCACUAUCAGCAAGCUGAGGAAGCGGGAGGACAACCUGCACACGACGGUGACGACGAACCAUAACAACAACGUGAUACACCAUCAGCAGCAGACGCAGCAGGUCCCUCAGCAACAACAGCAGCCUCAGUGCCAGGAGGUGGUCGUCUCCUGCCCUAGAGACAGCCAGGAGUCUCUGCCUCCGCCCUUCCUGUGGACCAACAGCCGCUGCUCCACCACGGCCUCCUCGCAGUACACCCUGUACAACAACGAUGAGGACAAUCUGGUACACAGCGUGGCUUGCGAGGAGCCCAGGGAGUGCAAGGGUCUUCGCAAGAAUCUCAGCGGCAAGUGGCGACGUCUGGUCAAGAAGAAGCCACCCCAGGAGGUGUACACAUUACCAGCCGAGCUCCGAGACCAGCUCAAGACCAUCUAUGUUUAUUGAAUACACCCCAACCUCCCUGCUGCGACUCCAAGUCUCAGCUGGAAAUUCACAUUCAAAUUAGAUGUAAAAUCCACUGUAGAUUUUCGGUUAGGGUUAAUUUAUUCGGUACCGAGCAGUAUUGCAGUAUUGCGGAGCGGGUGCCAUCUGAGUGCCAUCGCUCGAGGGCAAGUGAUAUUCCAGUAGCCUAGGUGUACAUAUCCGAGUUGUAAAUAUUCCUUCCAUGUAUUCCGCAGACACGUCCGGACGGAUUUGUUUAACUGGGUACCUUAGCGGGUAUUUUCCAGAAAAAUACCCGCUCUAGGAAUUCUUAUUUUAUGGCCAUGGCUCAUAUUGAGUCUUAGUUAGGUAAUUUUUUAGCUUAGUGAAGUAAGUUGUAUCGUUCGAUAUGAUGAAUUUAAGUCUACCUUGUACAGUAUACAUGGAAUGAGCGUGAAAUUUUAAAUGUGAGUGUAAAGAUUUUUGUAUUUUUACAGUUUUUUGUCGUAUCAAUGUUUUAUGGAAACUCGUUCAAUUUGGUCGAUAAUAUUAGAGAUAAACCUAAAAAAAUAUAAAAGAUAAUUCAAACAAUAAGGGACUGAGUUCUUAACACAUUGAUUGCUUUAAAUAUUUUUUUAUUAAUUCUUUGAUCGAUUCAAAAAUAUAUUUUUCUAACUUAUACUGUAAUAAAUUUUUAAAACACAUUAUGCAAGUACGUAGAUAGUAAAUCAGUGCAACUUAAAUUAACUAGUCAUUUAAUAUUUUUGAAACAUCAGAUAAAUUAGGGACUGACUGUGAAUCAGUAUUUUCAUUUGUACUUUGUUUACCUUUAAGAAAAACAGCCAAUAUAUGUUUAUAUGUAAUAUUAGGAUCCUAGAUUGCCAGGAAAUAGUUUUUAAUUUCUAAUUUGAUGUAAAGAAGUGCAAAAAUAAAUUCAACCUGUAAAUCAGAAA